GAGAAUACUUGAAUCGCACUAAAAUUUCAUUCUUUUAUGUUUUUCGAAGGCACCAAUUUUCUUUCUGAUUGGGUACGGUAGAGCUGUGGUACGUUGCAUCCCCAAUUGUAAUUUCCAAUUCGUUAUUCAUCUGAACCGUUCCUGUUCUGCUACUGUCUUUCCUACCCAAACAGUAAAAGAUUGAUCAGGUCAGCAGCUUAUGACUCGCGAGAUAAAGACGAAAGCGAAAACAUUGCAGUCUUAACUGCCCUUGUGAUUGUCAUUAAGACUUUGGUUAAGAUUUAACCAUCAAGUCAAACGAAACUGGGAACACGACGUCCGAGAUGCCACAACUCGGAUGACGGUCGGCCAGUGCCCAGUGAUCACCGAUCAACGGCGGGGCGAAAAAGAAAUUGAAGCAGGCGAUCGAGCAACCAACGACGCCGGAUCGAUGCAGGCCAAGAAGGUCCUCGCCGUGGCGGCGGCAGCCGCCCUCGUGCUCGCGGCCGAGCUCGCUCUGUACCUCCGGUUCCGCCUGUCGAGGCCGUUCUACCUGUCCACGGCCGGCGUCCUCUCGGCGUCGGCCGUGGCGGCGCUCCUGCUGCUCCUCAAGAUGCGGGGUUUCGGGCAGUCCUCGGCGCGUCGGCGGGCGCUGGAGCACGGCGAGGAGGAUUACGAACUCCGCGGCGUGGAGUACAGCUUCUUCCGCAAGGUGGCCGGGCUGCCGAGCAAGUUCUCCCUGGAGGCGCUGGCCCUGGCCACGGACAACUUCCAGUGCGUGGCCGGGCGUGGCUCGUCCGGCACCGUGUUCCGGGGCCUCCUGGACGACGGCACCCCCGUGGCCGUGAAGCGGAUCGACAACAACAACCGUGCCGGGAGCAGCGGCAGCAACAGCGUGGCGGACAGGGAGUUCAAGGCGGAGGUGUCAGCGAUCGCGGGCGCGCAGCACGUGAACCUGGUCCGCCUCCUGGGCUUCUCCCUCUCCCACCCGCGCUCCCGCUUCCUCGUCUACGAGUUCAUGGAGCACGGCUCGCUCAACCGCUGGAUCUUCCCGCGCCCGCUCGGCUCUUCCAACGGCGGAUGCCUGCCGUGGGCGCAGAGGCGCCAGGUGGCGGUGGACGUGGCGAAGGCGCUGGCGUACCUGCACCACGACUGCCGCGCCACGGUGCUGCACCUGGACGUGAAGCCGGAGAACAUCCUCCUGGACGGCGGCUUCCACGGGAUCCUGUCGGAUUUCGGGCUGUCGAAGCUGGUGGGGAAGGAGCAGAGCCGGGUGGUGACGGCGGUGCGCGGCACCACGGGGUACUUGGCGCCCGAGUGGCUCCUGGGUGCCGGGGUCACGGCGAAAUCCGACGUGUACAGCUACGGGAUCGUGCUGCUGGAGAUGGUGGCCGGGCGGCGGAGCAUGGUCCGGGAGGAGGAGGAAGGGCUGUGGUCGUACCUCCCGAGGAUCGCGGCCGACGUGGCGAGGGAAGGGCGCGUGAUGGAGCUGCUGGACAAGAGGCUCGUCCGGGAGGUGUCGGCGGCGGAGGAGGCGGCGGUGAGGAGGAUGGUCCACGUGGCGCUGUGGUGCGCGCAGGAGAGGGCCGGGGAGCGGCCCACCAUGGCGCGCGUGGUGGAGAUGCUGGAGGGGAGGGGGGUGCUGGAGGAGGUGGAGGCGCCGCCGCCGUCGGAUAUGGUCAUGGUGGACCUGCUGGCGCUGGAUCACGGCAGGGGCGGGGGCGGUCCGUUCGGGCUGCCGGCGAGAUCGGCCGCGUCGUCGUCGGUGCUCAGCGAGUGCGACUCGUUCAAGCUGUCCUACCUGACGGGGCGAUAGGUCAGCGUGCGGGAAGCGGAGGAUUUUUUUACUAUUUUUUUUUACCGCUGGCCGCACUCGUCGUCCCUGCAGUCCAAUUCUGCUUCGAGACCGGUGACAAGAAUUUAGGAGUAAAAGAGCACGGUUGUUCAUGAA